AUGUUCCGCCAUCUAGAAGGCCUGCCAAUCUCCAGCUAUACUCAUGCAGUGCCACGGAUUUUGAUUGGAGUGAAUAAUAUUCGGUUAACUGUUCCACUUCGAGUCAAAGAAGGCAAGCUCAAUGAACCAGUUGCUACCAAGACACGUCUUGGUUGGUGUGUAUACGGGGGAACGGUCGGUUGUCUAGAAAAAGCAACGGUGAAUCUUCAUACAUGCGUGUGCAUAACCGAUAGAACCCUUCAUGACACGGUUAAAGAUUACUUCGCAUUGGAAGAUACUGGUAUUGCGACUUCAAAGGUUUUAGAAUCAGCAAACGAUAUCCGGGCAAAUAAGAUUCUGGAAGAAUCAACUAUUCGUGUAGGCCAACGAUUUCAGACAGGUUUAUUAUGGAAAUACGAUCUUGAUCUAAUAGAGUUUCCGGAUAGUUUCCCUAUGGCCAUGAAACGGUUUGAAUGUCUCGAAAGAAAGCUGGAAAAAGACCUGAAAAUUAAACAAACAAUUGAACAGCAAAUUAAAGAUUAUUUAACGAAAGGAUAUGCUCGUCGAGCCACUAACGAUGAACUUAAAAAUAGCGAUCCUCGGAAAGUAUGGUACUUACCUUUGGGUGUAGUAGUAAAUCCGAAAAAACCGGGAAAAGUACGCAUGGUUUGGGAUGCUUCCGCCAUGGUAAACGGAGUUUCGUUAAAUAUAAUGCUGUUGAAAGGACCUGAUCAGCUAGUUGCAUUGCCUAGAGUUCUUUUUCGAUUCCGUCAAUUCGCAAUCGCAGUAACGGGAGAUAUAGCAGAAAUGUAUCACCAGAUUCUCAUCCGACCACAAGACCAACAAUCUCAACGAUUUCUUUGGCGAUCCGACCCGAACAAAAAUCUUGAAGUAUUCAUAAUGCAGGUUGCGACGUUUGGAUCUACGUGUUCUCCCGCAUCCGCACAAUACGUAAAAAACCGUAAUGCCAUGGAGUUUGCUGAGAAAUAUCCGAGAGCUGUAGAAGAGAUUAUAGACGGUCACUAUGUAGACGACUAUAUGGGAAGCUUCGCCAGUAAAGAAGAAGCUAAAAAGGUCGCUGUUGAAAUACGCGAUGUUCACGCCCAAGGUGGUUUCAAAAUACGAGACUGGAAGUCCAAUUGUUCCGAAGUUAUCGAAGUAUUGGAGGAACAAACAACCAGCAAUCCGUCGCGCGUUGGAAUUAAUUCGACGACUAGCGAGAAGGUGUUAGGCAUGCAGUGGUUCUCAGGGGAAGAUCUCCUAGCCUACUGUAUCUCAUUUCAACCAGAUUUGCAGAAGCUUAUUACUAACAGAAAUAGACCUACAAAGCGCCAAGUGCUUAAAUUUCUGAUGAGUGUGUUUGAUCCUCUGGGAUUGUUAGCAGCGUUCGUGGUGCAAGGAAAAGUGUUGUUGCAAGAUGUAUGGCGUGCUGGAACAAAAUGGGAUGAAGAAAUUGAUGACCAAGGUUUUGCGAAAUGGAUACGAUGGACUGACCAAUUCCAAUUGAUAACGGAUCUGAGGAUUCCCAGGUGUUACUAUCCCAGCGCUACCGAUCUUCAGUACAAGUAUUUAGAACUCCACAUAUUUGCUGACGCCAGUGAAGACGCUUAUGCUGCAGUUGCCUUCUUUCGUAUUCCUGUUUCUCAUGAUUCCUUCCAAUGCUCCUUGGUUGCGGCUAAGACAAAAGUAGCUCCUCUGAAACACUGCUCCAUCCCUCGUUUAGAACUGCAGGCGGCCGUUUUGGCGACUCGUUUAGCAACGUUCAUCAAAGAAGGUCAUACCUUGACAAUUGACAAAAUAGUAUUCUGGUCAGACUCUAGCACAGUUUUGGCAUGGAUACGCUCUGAUCAUCGGCGGUAUAAACAAUUCGUUGCUUGUCGGGUUUCUGAGGUCUUAACGACAACUACGAUCGCUGACUGGCGGUGGAUAUCGACCAAACUUAACGUAGCAGAUCUAGCAACAAAAUGGGGCCAAGGAGGCCAACUGAAUUCAAACAGUCCCUGGUUUCAGGGCCCUGAAUUCUUGAAAUUGGAUGAACAGCACUGGCCUAAACCGAAAUCAAUUUUAGCUACCAACGAAGAGAUGAAACUUUGUGGAAUACAUCAUGGUAUUACUGUCCCAGUACCUAUAAUUGACCCUUUACGUUAUUCGCGAUGGACUAGGAUGCUAAGAGUGACGGCGUACAUUUUACGAUACUUUAACAACGUUCAGAAGAAGAGGUCAAAGCUUAAUAGUAUUUAUCUCACUCGAGAUGAACUGCAGAACGCUGAAAAUUAUCUUUUUCGUUCCGUACAAUGGGAGGCGUAUCCAGAAGAAAUGUCAGUGCUGCUGUCGACUACAAAUGUUGGUGUAGAAAAGAAUAGUCCACUGUACAAGUUAUCCCCUUACGUAGAUGAGCAAGGGGUGCUCAGAAUGGACGGACGAAUAGGAGCAGCUAAGAAUGUAGAAGAAAGCACCAAGUUUCCAGUGAUUCUGUGCAAGCAACAUCCGAUAACUGAUCUUCUUAUUAAUCAUUACCAUAGCCAGUACCAUCACGCAAACUUUGAGACCGUGGUGAACGAAAUCAGGCAGUGUGUCUACAUUCCACAGAUUCGAUCGCGCGUCAAGAUCAUAAUAAAUGGAUGCCAAUGGUGCAAAGUGUACAAAACCCGUCCCCAAGUUCCCAGAAUGGCUCCGCUACCGGCAGCGAGAUUAUCAUCAUUCACUCGACCUUUCAGCUAUGUUGGGCUGGAUCUUUUCGGACCCGUUUCGGUCAAAGUUGGCAGAAGCAAAGUGAAGCGUUGGGUAGCCUUGUUCACGUGCUUAACUAUACGUGCAGUACACGUGGAGGUGGUGUAUAGCCUGGACACUCAAUCUUGCAUCAUGAGUAUCCGUCGUUUUGUCGCUCGACGUGGUUCCCCGCUUGAGUUCCAUUCAGAUAACGGUACAAAUUUCCGUGGGGCAGACAACAUACUACAAGAACAGAUUAGAAACAUCCAAGAAGGACUGGCGUCAACGUUUACUAACACUGUAACAAAAUGGGUUUUUAUUCCUCCUGGAACGCCACAUAUGGGAGGCUCCUGGGAGCGUAUGGUACGCUCUGUAAAAACGGCGCUGCGAUCAAGUAUUGAAGCCGGACGAGCGCUGAAUGACGAAGCUCUUUUGACCCUACUGGUUGAAGCUGAAAGCAUAGUGAAUUCAAGGCCGCUGACAUAUCUUCCAUUAGAAGCUGAAGAGAAAGAGGCCAUCACUCCAAAUCAUCUCUUACUUGGCAGUUCAACCGGCGUAAAACAACCCGGUAUAGCACCGGUCGACGAAAGAUUGGCUCUCAAGAACUCUUGGUAUCAAAUUCAACAUCAGGCUGAUGUCUUCUGGCGGCGUUGGAGCUGA